GUGUUAAAACAAUAUUGUUUGCACUAAAAACUGAUUUUGCAAUUAAUGAACUGAAAUAACAUUCAAAUAAUCUUAUAACAAUGGAAAAGCUUAAACCAAAAUAUAAACAUUCUAAACUUGAUAAUAGUCCAAUACGUAUUAAUCCUCCACAUUCAAGAAAUCUUAAUAUACAUGCAAGGCCUUUAGUGGCUUUGUUAGAUGGGAGAGAUUGUUCAGUAGAAAUGCCAAUUCUUAAAGACAUUGCAACUGUUGCAUUCUGUGAUGCCCAAUUAACCCAGGAAAUUCAUGAAAAGGUGUUGGACGAAGCGAUAGCGGCCCUCCUCUAUAACACUAUCACUCUUAGGAGGGAAGAUUUGCAGAAAUUCAAAGCCCUGAAACUCAUAGUUAAAAUCGGGAUGGAUGUGGAUAACAUUGACGUUAAAUCGGCCGGAGAGUUAGGUAUAGCCGUUUGCCAUCUCCCCUCGGCCUUUUGCGUGGAAGAAGUGGCGGAUUCAACCCUAGCCAUGAUACUCGAACUCUAUAGGAGACCUACCUACUUCAUGUUGUCCACUUUUCCACUCCCACCAACACUAAAUAACGGUAAUAAUGGUAGCUAUAAUAACAACAACAACCAUAAUCAACAAAUUAAUAAUGGUGGGCCACCAUUUAACGGCGAUGCCACGGGUAAUAUAACUAACGGGGGACUUAUAAACCCGAUCGGUCCGGUCAAGAGCUUUCAUUACAUGUCGCCGGGACUCAACGAAUCAUCAGGAAAUGGCGGUAACGUUAUCGGGAAUGCGAUGAGUUGUCCGAGAAUAAGGGGGGACACUCUGGGGAUAGUGGGAUUAGGCAAGAUAGGCCAAGCGGUGGCCUUGAGGGCUAAAACAUUUGGGUUUAACGUGGUGUUUUACGAUCCGCACCUAUCCAACGGAGCUGAGAAGGGUCUAGGUCUGGUUCGAGUUGGCACUCUGGCAGAAUUGUUGUUUCGGAGUGAUUGUCUCUCCCUUCAUUGCCCCCUUAAUUCGACUAACCUCAACGAAGUUAAUGAAGACAUCAAUCAAUCAUAUGGAGACGCUAUAGAUUUAUCGGGGGAUUGCAAUACUAAUAAACACGUGAUCAACGAACAGACGAUUAAACAAAUGAGACCGGGGGCAUUUUUAGUUAACACAUCUCAUCAUGGCCUGAUAGAAGAAAAUGCAUUGAUUCAAGCUCUGAAAACUGGGAGGAUUAAAGGGGCCGCUAUCGAUAUUCCUCAAUCCAUUCUCGAAUCUUCAGCAUUGAAGUCGGCACCAAACUUAAUAGCGACCCCUCGUACAGCAUGGUUCAGCGACGCUAGCCUGAGGGAAAUGAGGGAGGAAUGCGCUAGAGAAGUCAGAAGGGCUCUCCUCGUUUUUCUCUCCCCUUCCUCCCCCCUUACCCCAUGUUCCUCCAUCUCGCAAUUGAAUCAUUCUUUCGGUACUACCGUUCCAUGCUUCCUUAAAGAACUCAAGAAUUGCUGUAACGCGGCCCAACUUCUUUCCAAACAAACUACAGUGCCCAACGCUUCCUUCGCUAAUAACAAUGUCCCCUCUCUUCCUAAAAAGUUAACACAACAACCGCACCCAUUACUUUUUCCACCUUUUGUCAACCCUCACCCGGUUCCCCCUCCUCAACGAACCCAACAUCAACAGCACUUGAUACAUCACCCUCAGCAGAUGAUGGGCACCCACCACCCAUCUAUGUACUUCAACGGAACCGUCGACUCUUCUAGCUCCCCUCCUGGGCCUCAUCCUUCACCCUUCCUUUUCCAUCACCCACUUUCAAUUCCCCCCUUGCCACCUAUACCAUCUUCGACCCAUCACCCGAGAAAAAAGAUGACAGAUAACUUUGCUUCAUCCUAUUCAAACUUUCCUCCUUCAAACUUGGGCUUGAUUUCCAAUUCGGGUCUAGAUAAUUCUUCCUCCGGCCCAUUCCUUUCCCGGUCCAAGCUCAAAAAAUUUAGAGGUGGUGAAAUAUUCUCACCUACGAACCCGACCAAUAAUCAUCCUACCAACAAUAAUAAUACCAAUAGCUCUAUCAUUUUAGCUAAUAAUAUGAAUUGUGAUAGGUACGAUGGUACAACACACGUAUUGAAUAACGCCAACUCCUCUAACAAUCUAGCUAGCAAUAAUAGUAAUAAUAAUAAUGUAAGCGUAAUAAAUACGAGCCUUUUGCAUGAUAAAAUUUACGCUUCAGAAGGGCGUCACUCAAACGAUAACUCUGUAAAUAAUUUGACCAUGGCCGCUGAAACGUUUGAUGAUAAGCUCAACAAUAUGAAUCAUUUCAACAACGUUUUUCGGGCUAACCACUCUAAUUUCAGUCUCAACCACCCCCACGGAAUCAAUAUGAUGUAUGACAAUAAUUUCAAAAAUAGUAUCAGGAGCGAAGAAAACAUCGUCAAAAAUGAAUUCGACGAGGGGUCCACCAACACCAAUUCUAACGUUAACAUCGAAAGCAGUACAAAAUUCAGCGACGAAAAUAUGUCUCAAAUUAAUUUCAAUGCUGUAGCAAACGUUUCUAAUCCCAGUAACCCGAAUAACACGAUUGAUGCUAGCUUAGCGGAUACGGAAAAUUAUGUAAACGAAAAUAAUUUGAGACAGCAUCAACUCAACGAUAAAAAUGAUAGUUUCAUUAAUAAUGCCGCUGCCAUCAGUGUAAACACCGAAAAUGGCGUGAAUAUCAAUCCAUCUUCGGCAGAAGGUGCCAAUAGGAACGAAGAUAAUCACAGUAGAGGUUCUGGGUGAAAACGGCAUAGCUUCCUAAUUUUAAUUUGGACCAGCCUCAUUUGAAUGUCAUGUUUGUUAAUGAUUAUAUUUUUUUCCCCCAUUAUAUACAUAAUACAUAUUUAUUUAUUUUUUUAAAAAAAUAAAUUAAAAUCAAUCUUCGAAUUUUCUAAUUUUUAGGUGUAUACUAUAGUUUUUAUUUCACCCCGCCUCCUCCACUAUCUUAACCUGCCAAUCAUUUUUAUAAAUAUUAAAAAAAAUAUAUAUAGACAAAAAGUAUUUUACAGUAUUUUGGCAAACAAAACACUAUUUUAUUUUUUUUACCACAGCUAAAAAGUUAUCCUUAGCCCCUUAGCCAAAGAAACAUUAAGAAUAAAACAGUUUUCAACUACAAAAAAUCAUGUAAAUAUAUUUUUGUGUUUUUUUUAAACAAAAAUUAACUCGAUAAAUUUUUUUAAAUAUUUUUUUUUACACAUACACGAUUCGAAGAACAUGAUAAGGCUAAAUAUGAUCGGAGGAUACAGGCGCACCAAUUACAUAUAUACUAUUUUCGAAACUUAAUAAAUGUUUUAUUAUGGAACUAUAUUAAAAAAAAUUUGUGAUAAAUUUUAAUCCCUUUAUAAAAAAAAAUGAAGAAUAAACGUAUUUAAAAUCAUAGUUUAUUAUAUAUAUAUCGAUUUGAUUGAUAAAUAGUAGAUUUACAAAAGGAAUAUAUUGUAAUAAUUAUUUUAUAAAUAUUACUGUGUAGAAGAAAUUAGAAUUUUUCUUUUUUAAAUAUAAAUUACCUUCACAAUUAUCGAAUUUUUUUUUUAAAAAAAUUUUUUUUAUUUAUUAAAUAUUUUUAUUUUUUUUUACAAAAAAUGUUGAAUAAUUAUGAUCAAAAAAAAAUUAUUUCUUUAAUACAUUUACUUUUUCUUAGCAAAAAUUUGUUCAACUAUAGUUUAUACGAUAUUUGUAUUUCUUAAUUGGGGCUACAAACUAUACCUUUUUUACUUUACUUUACACACAACACAUUAGGGAUGUA